UUUCAUUUCCGUUCCCGUUUUGAGGCACAUGCAUUGCGUUUCCUUGUGUUGUCGCUUCCAUUCUUUAAUCUUUUGAGUAGUAUUCAAGCAGACUUUUGGUCUUCUAAAAUGUUGCAAGUGGUAGAGAUGUUAUGUCUUGAACGUUUUUGACUUUUAAAUUGUGUGUUGAUUUAGAGCUGUUUGCCACCAUGAAUGCUCCAUAUAUUUCUUCAUCUUCGUAUCUUUGGUCUCGGUAAUUCAUGUAGUUAUCCUUUGCAAAUGGUUUGAACUCCAACUAUCUGCAUAUCACUACUCAUAGUUCUCGGGUUUUAGUUAGGGUAAGUGAUGUAUUUUCAUUCCAAUUUGACCUAAAAAAGAAUUUGGAAACGUUUUCUUGUUCUUUUAUUAGUUUUAGUUUUGAAUAUUUUAUAUAUCCCAUCUGAGCGAUCAAGAUGGGGUGGUUAUUCACAUUAAUCCUUUUUGUGCAGAUUUGUGAAGGACGCUUUACUUUAUGCUUGCACAUUUUAACUGUUAUACACUGUAAAAAUGUUAAAAAGAAAUAUUUGCGGAGGUACCAUCCUGAUCAUGGAUAUUGAUGCUUCCUGGCUGUGGUAUGACUUGGGGUUUUUGAAAAUUUUAUUUACAAUUUAUAGUUGUAGACUUUUGCAUUUGUAGUUGUUCACAAACAUGCACUGAUUUAUACACUACGAAUAGUUAAACCACAUGUUGCCACAGCUCACUCCUGCAUAUGCUUGCACACAUCACUGCUUCAGUAUACACCAACUUUGAAGCUUGUGAUACUACCUCUGAGAAGAAGUAUUUUGUGACACUAGAUGAGCCAUGGGUAUAGAGUUGCCAUAGGUUUACAUUUGGCUACACCCAUCUGAACAAGGUGAUAAGACAAAUACAUCAUACUUUCUAAGAAACUAGGUCUUGAUUUUGCCUUUCGCUUUUCUUUAAAUUAAAGUAUCUAGCAUUUCUUGAGAUUAUGAUCUUAACUUCGCAUUAGAUCUGGUUUAUUUUUCAUUGUUUGUAACUUGAGAAUUAGAUAUACAUUAUGUUGCAUGUUAAUUAUAUGAAUUUAACCUGUGGCAUUUAGGAAUGCUAUUUCUCUCUUAUUUCAGCCUUUAAAGCAGGUUGGGAGUAAUUUCUAAGAAGCUGGCGCGAUAAAGAUGCGUUGUUUAUAUGCUUAGAAAUCUAUUGUGGGCUACAUCAAAGCACGAUGUCUACCUCAUGGAAAAUUACUCAGUAAUGCAUUGGUCAUCACUGCUUCACAAAGGCGAAGAAGUACUGAAUGUGGCUAAACCAAUUGUUCCCAACCUGAAGCAUCCUGAAUUGCUAUCUCAGCAACUCUCUAGAGUGCAGAUUAGCACUAUGGUAGUUAAAGAAAAUUUAAUGGUAGCAGGUGGUUUUCAAGGAGAGCUUAUUUGCAAGUACUUAAAUCAAUCUGGGGCAGCAUUUUGCACAAAAUUGACUACUGAUGAUAAUGCAAUCACCAAUGCUGUGGAUGUGUACAAUAAUCCUAGCGGUGCAAUGAGAGUUAUGGCUGCGAAUAAUGAUGCUAAAAUCCGAAUAUUUGAUGCUGAAACUUUUGUUAGUAUUAACCGCUACUCAUUCAACUGGUCUGUAAAUAAUACCUCGGUAAGUCCAGAUGGGAAGUUGCUUGCAGUACUCGGAGAUAGUGUGGAGUGCUUGAUCGUUGAUGCCCAAUCUGGCAACAUUACCAACAGCCUAAAAGGGCAUUUGGACUAUUCUUUUGCUUCAGCUUGGCACCCUGAUGGGCACAUUCUGGCAACUGGGAAUCAGGACACUAGCUGUAGGUUGUGGGACAUAAGAAACCUGUCGAAGUCCCUAGCUAUAUUGAAGGGAAGAAUGGGAGCAAUAAGAGGAGUGAAGUUCACAUCGGAUGGUCGGUUCCUGGCCAUAGCUGAGCCUGCAGAUUUUGUUCACAUCUUUGAUACAAAGUUGGGAUAUGUUAAUUGCCAAGAAAUUGAUAUUUUUGGGGAAAUAGCUGGAAUAUCAUUUAGCCCGGAUACAGAAGCGCUCUUUGUUGGGGUUGCUGAUCGCACUUACGGCAGCUUGUUAGCGUAUAACCGCAGACGAUAUAACCAAUAUCUGGACUCCAUGUUGUAGAAUGCAGUGCCUCUGAUAAUUUAUAUGAGAGGUAAGGUAAGCUAGUGUGAAUAUUUUAAGGGGGGGUUGUAUCAGAAUUGCCUUGGCAGUGUAUAACUUCCUGGGGAGGAGCAGCAGCAGCCAGCAGGUUUAGUUUUGCCCUUGGUAAGUAAAGAUGUUUCUGUGAAGGUCAACUUUUAAGGGAAAUUUUUUGUUGUAAAGCUAUUGGCAAUCGUAUAUAUAGCACAUUUAAUACGUUUUUAUGAUAUUGUUUUAUAUAUAUCGAAAAUGGUACAUUAAUUGUGUAAA